CCAAAGUCCAACAUCACAUGACUGGAAGAUUUCAGGAAGUGACUUGUCAGGAACUCGUGGGGAAAUCACUGUAUGAAAAGAGAUGGAGAUCAGCUCUGUGUUGCUGUGUGUGAUGCUGGUGGUCAGUGUGUCUGCUGCAGCAGAGCCAGGCAUCAUAGAGAGCCUCCUGCUGGCCACACACCAGCGUCCCUGGCUCUGGGGUGUUUAUGUCUUCACUGUUGGCCUUCCCAUCGUUCUCUUCAUCAGCAUCAUGUGGCCUGACAUGCGGUUUGGGCCUCCUGAUCAACAGUAUUAUUACAAGAAGUCGGAUGAUGCUCAACCAGACGAUCCUGAGUACAUACGGCCGACAGAUUCAUUGGACACCAGAGGAGAGGCAGAUAAAACUGUAACCAGGCGAAGAGACACUCAGGGCAAACAGAGGAAGUCUGACUUAGACUCCUGAAGGAUCAUUAAUCUGUGAAAUGACAUCAGGAGAAGAAGACUCGCCAACUCACAAGAGGAUGCUGAAUAAUCAUGUUUUUGCCAGUCGUGCUGUUGACUGGAUGAAACCAGUGAUUAACAUGACAAAGAGAGAGGGCUAACUAAUUGUUAGUUUGUAGGCCUAGUUGCCACUCUUUUAGUGCACACAUAGGCCUAUAUAAAAGCUGCAUGAAGCCAGAUAGAGUGUACACCAGUCAUUUUUGGCUAAUAAAAACUACUUUGACACAAAAUUA